CAAUAUAGCUAGCAAUAGACAAUAAUAGCAUUAAUGUUUUCUCCAUAAACAUAAAGCAAUCUCUCUCUCUCUCUCUCUCUCUCUCUCUCUCUCUCUCUCUCCACUUAAGAAGCUUUCUCUCUCUCUCUAAAACCAAGGAACUCCACUCCUCCUCGAAUCUCCACACAUACAUCGAGAGAGAGAGAGGGAGAGAGUGUGAGUGUCUGUGAGAGAGUGCGUGCGUGACCAGUUUUGGGUUCAUGGAUUCGUUCUCUCGUCUAUAAUUUCCUCGAUUCGGCGGUAAUGUGGUGGCGUGAGUCGUGACUGAUUCCUUCUCGUUCCAUAGCUAUGGCUGCAGAUUCGUCUCUUGAAGGUGUUGCUCUUGAUCCUUCUAAAUGCAGUAACCUGAGUAUGGAGGAAAAAAGAGAGCUUGUGUAUGAAAUAUCUAAGUGGUCUCAUGGCGCAUCCGAGAUGCUGCAGUCAUGGAGCCGUCAAGAGAUUUUGCAAAUCUUGUGUGCUGAGAUGGGGAAAGAAAGGAAGUAUACUGGCCUGACAAAGUUGAAAAUUAUAGAAAACCUUCUAAAAAUUGUUUCUGAAAAGAAAUCAGGGGGGCCUGAAAUUGCUACUGACCCUGAAACACAUUCUUCUCCUGCACAAGGACAGAAACCUACUAAAAGACAGAGGAAAACUGAGACCCCGUCUCGAUUACCUGUUCCUGCAAACAAUCUUUCAGUUAAUAAUGGUGGUGACAUGGGGAAUACCGCAUACUGCAAAAACUCAGCAUGCAAGGCUACUCUACAUCAAGCAGAUGUAUUCUGCAAAAGAUGUUCAUGCUGCAUUUGUCAUCAAUAUGAUGACAACAAAGACCCUAGCCUGUGGUUAAUAUGUAGCUCUGAAACUCCAUUUCCUGGUGUUUCGUGUGGCUUGUCAUGCCACCUUGAGUGUGCUUUAAAACAUGAUGGUUCCGGAAUUGGUAAUGAUUGUGAGCGUCCCAAGCUCGAUGGUGGCUUCUACUGUGUCUCUUGUGGGAAAGUAAAUGAUUUACUCGGAUGCUGGCGAAAACAACUGAUGGUAGCAAAGGAUACCAGACGCGUGGACAUACUAUGCUAUCGUGUCUCCUUAAGUCAAAGACUUUUACAAGGGACUGAAAUGUAUCAAGAACUUUAUAAAAUUGUUGAUGAAGCAGUGAAGAAGCUUGAACCUGAAGUGGGUCCACUGACUGGCUCACCGGUAAAGAUUGGUAGAGGGAUUGUGAACAGGCUUUCAUCAGGACCUGAGGUUCAGAAACUCUGUAAUUUUGCUCUAGAAUCACUCGAUUCUCUGCUUUCUAAAAGGACCUUACCUUUGUCCCCCAGCCCAACUAUUCAAGAUGCACAUUUACUGGCUCCAAAUAUGUUGAGGUUUGAAGAUGUCACUACAACAUCCCUCACUGUUAUUUUGGGUUUUGAAGAUCCUUCUGGUGAAAAUAUUGCUGGUUACACCUUGUGGCAUCGCAAAGCUGAUGAUGUGGACUAUCCAGUGGAUCCAACUUGCGCACUGCUCCUACCAAAUAGAAGAUUGAGUAUCAGGGGUCUACUUCCAGGUACGGAAUACAGUUUCAAAGUUGUUUCCAAUGACUCGGCGGAGUCGGGUAUGUGUGAAGUUCAGGUCUCAACAGAGCAUGGUGAGGAUGAAGUCCCUAAUUGCUCAGCCACAGAAAGAAGUCAGAGCCCUGUAACCAACUGCAGCAGCCUUUCCAAUCCGUCAUCAGUGGAAGAUGAAACCAAUAACAGUAACCCAUAUAGUGACCAGACCGAUAAUCGAGCCGAUAAUUAUCAUUCUUAUCACAAGGAUAGUGAACAGAAUGCUUCUGAAAAUUUAUCCAAUGGUGUUAUCAACUGUUCCAAUAAGGUUGCAGUGGGGAUUCCCACUGAUUCGGAUUCCUUGUCAGACAAGCAGCAUGAUGUAGUAAUGACUGGUUCCCAACCUAGUUCUGAUGUUCUAAAGCUUGAGAAGAAGCAGUCACCAGACGAACAAGUCACUGAGGACAUGAGCACUGAGGACGGGUUGAAUUCCACGGUUCUAACCGGAAGGGAAUGCGUGCCUCUAGUAGGUAGAUCAGAAGGAGGCCUGCCUAAUACUCCAUGCAAACUGGAAUUACCUAAGGAUGGGCCAGGAAGAAAUGGGAGAUCUAAAUCCAGUGGCAAAGAUAAAGAAAAUGGAUCUGGGAAAAGGGAGGGCCCCCAAAAUGGAAGCACAUCCAAGAAGAGAAUUGCGGAAAGGCCAGAUGAGGGCUGCGCCGCCGCCAAUGGUUCUUCGGAUCAGGAUUUUGAGUAUUAUGUAAAGGUGAUUAGAUGGUUAGAGUGUGAAGGACAUAUAGAAAAGAACUUCAGGCAGAAAUUUCUGACAUGGUACAGCUUAAGGGCAACCCUUCAAGAAAUGAGAGUUGUGAAAAUAUACAUUGAUACAUUUCUUGAAGAUCCAGCGUCUCUUGCAGAGCAACUUGUUGACACCUUCUCAGAAUGUAUAUCAAGCAAGAGAACAUCAACGGUGCCGGCAGGAUUCUGCAUGAAGCUUUGGCAUUGAUCAUGUUUUGUAGGUCCAGCUACUAAGCCUGAAGAUUGAAGCCCCUCCAGGGUUGUUAAAGUAAUUCUUUAGAUUUAUAUUAUUCAUCAUUUAGACAAAUAUCAAAUAUAUUUAUUCAACAUUAUCAUUCAUAAGAUAUGAUGAUGUAAGUAAGAAUUUUAGAUUUACUUCAAUUAUACAAUUACUACUGCAAAUUGAUAA